AUGCUAAUAGAGAUUCAAGCAGAAGCGGUCUCGACGUCACAAUUGAUUAGCGACCUGUUGAAAGAAGGGAAUUAUAUUAAAGAAGAAAAUGAAUUUACUUCUACGGCUGAAAGUGCCAUUCGAGAUGAAAUUGACCUUAUGAAAUCUAUUAGAGAAUGUGUUUAUGGUCAAGAUAUGUAUACAUAUGGCCAAGUUAGUCAAUGGAGAUUUGAACCAAAGUAUUUGAACGGUCACGAAAAUUAUCGAAGACUUGAAGCUAAAAACGGACAUAUUCCAUAUUUACCUGAUUUCCUUAAUGGCAUCGGAACGCACAGAGCUUAUGUCGGUGGUCUAACUAAAGAUAUUGAUGAAUUAAAAUUACGACAGUGUGUCGAAGAAACAUUUGGAAAAGUUCUAUGGAUUGAGAUGAUUCAAGAGCGAAAAUGUGCUUUCAUAGAAUUCGCCGAUAAAACCUCUUAUGAAUCCGCAAUCGAACAACGUGAAUUUUCGUUAAACGGUAUAAAACUAAUGAUUGUUAAGGCUUUAAAACCUAAAUAA